ACGAUUGCUGCCAGCAGCACGUGCAGUUUUUGAUCGUUAGUAAAUUAAUUUGCUAAUAUUUAAGCGCCCCAUGGAGAAAGCUGACAAAAAGGCGGCUCGCCGCGAGGCCAAGGAACGUCGCCGCAAGUUUCUGGAGGAGGAGCAGUGGGAGAAGCUGGACGCUGGCCUGGCGGCGCACGAUUGCUGCGGCGAUGUGUUCCGCGACUUCGACGGACAUACCCAUGAGGCCUGGCUGCUGCAGUGUCCCAAGGGCACGGAUCCCCGCCAGCUGGACGGCAAGCGCCUCAAGCUGCCCGGCAAGAAGCGCCUGGGCAACCUGAGGGUGCGCGCCGUUGGCUACUCGACGCCCCACAGCGAAACCGUUGGCUAUGUGAGCUCCAAGGGAAAGUACGCCAUCCGGAAUCUGCCCCUCGCUGGCUAUGUGGUGGUCAGCAAGCGUCCAAAGGCCCAACAACCCGUGGCCGGUGUGGAGGAGCAGGAAUUUCCCACUAUUCCACCGCCACCCAAAAUCCUAGUACGCCACCGUCAUCCCUUGUUCGGAAGCGACUACCAGCAACGCAUCGAGUUGCCCGAGGAGAUUGCCAAAUCCCUGCGCCAGGCGGACAAGAAGAACUUGAAAACCAAAGCCAAGCUGUAUCGCACUGCCAACUACUAUAAGAUUCGUAGCAACCUGCUGGCCACCGGCCAAACACUGGAACAAAAGGAGCAACUUGUGCGGCAGUCGGUGCUAACUGGUCGCACACCACAAUUCAUGAAAUCCAUAGCCCUCACGAACCACUCAGACGAAGAAGUUGAAGAAACUGCUCCCGUCAAGAAGAGCAAAAAUAAGAAAAACAACGGGUCAGUAGAGGAAAACGGCUAUGAACUGGUGAAGAUUGAGGAAGAAGAUCAGGAAGAAAACUCUAUGACCGUCAAGAAACAAAAGAAACUAAAAUCAAAUGGGAAAAUCCCUUUAAAUGGAGCAGACAAUAUCCUCGACGAUGUGGAGAACAGAGAGGAAGAAGUCAUCGCGUCAAAGAAACAGAAGCGUAAAUCAAAUGGGCAAGUCCUUGUAAAUGGAUCAACAAAUAAUCUGGACGUAGUGGCUGUGAUCGAAGAUAAACCUGCAUCCGUCAAGAAGCGAAAAAAAGCAAGGGACAACGAAGUGGUUGUCAUCGACGACGACGUCGUGGAGGUGAAAAAGGAGCAGGAUGUGGAGGUGAAAAAGGAGAAAGACGCAGAGGCCCCGCCGCGAAAGCGCAAGAAGCAGAAAACAGUAGAAUAGACCAGGGAUCGGCUCCUCUGUAACAUUUAGUUUUUACGUAGAUUAGAAAAAGGUUUUUUUUAUUUUAAUAACGGUCGCGUGAUUACUAAUCGUCAUGCAAAAAUUCUUGCAUCCUGUAUCGAAGAGUAACAUAUUGAUAAGAAUAAAGUGAAUUAUUGUUUAAAAAA